UGAACAUUCAUAUCAGUAGUCCUUCCUUUAGGUUCAAAACAAACCUGUUUUUUUCUUAGUCUAAUGUAGCAUGUCUAUGACCGUCUAGUCCCUAUUGUCUAGCUCUUCAGGACCAGGACCAGGACCAUGCUAAAAACCAGAAAAAGGGCAAAAAAAACCAUGGCUCUUUCAAAGGCAAUAAGCCAAUACCAUAUUACAUGACAAGUCCAUCCAGCAAGAUUUGGUUGGCUUUGGGUUUUAAAGGAACAAUAAAAUGGUAAAUUCCAUAAUUCCCCCCCGACUUUCCAAAGAAAGAGACCGCAACGGCACGACAAAAUUUGGACGAUCCACUAAACGCGCUUACUUGGAAAGUGACUUUGCCAUUUACCCUGCAACACGUUGACCUUUUUUCCGGACAAUCAAACGCUAAUAGAGAGAAUAAUAGGAAAUCUCUUUCCUUUCAUCUGCCACAAAACACCAUUCAGAGACAAUAAUAUUCCCUCUUUUAAAUUUGCUUUAAGUUCGGUAAAAUUAUUAUUAUCAGAUUGUUUUUCUUUGAUAUUAUUUUUAUUGGAAUUUCUUAAUCCUAAAAUGGGGAAGCCAACGGGGAAGAAGAAGAUUCAAGAAGCGGCUCGGAAAGCCGUGGAAGCGAACAAGCAAAACAAAGCCGCCUCCACCGCCGAUCGAACAUCGAAAGCUUUCGAUGAAGACACAGCCAUCUUCAUCAACAUGUCUCAAGAGCUCAAAGAAGAAGGUAACCGACUCUUCCAGAAACGCGACCAUGAAGGCGCGAUGUUAAAGUACGAAAAAGCCCUUAACCUCCUUCCUAGAAACCACAUCGAUGUCGCCUAUUUACGCAGCAACAUGGCUGCUUGUUAUAUGCAAAUGGGUCUCGGUGAGUACCCACGCGCCAUUUCUGAAUGUAAUUUGGCUUUAGAGGUUUCUCCCAAGUAUAGCAAAGCUUUGUUGAAAAGAGCUAGGUGUUAUGAAGCUUUGAAUAGAUUGGAUUUAGCUUAUAGGGAUGUUUAUAAUGUUUUAACUAUUGAGCCCAAUAAUUUGUCCGCUUUGGAAGUUUUAGACAGCGUUAAAAAGGCUAUGGAUGAAAAUGGUAUUACUGUUAAUGAAAAUGAACUUGGUUUGUUUGAUAAUGAGCCUUCUGGGGCUUCUCGUAUGCGAAAAGUGGUGAAAGAGAAGUUGAGAAAGAAGAAAAACAAAGGAAAAAAUGUUGAGAAAAAUGAAAAGAUUGAUGCCAAGGUUAUGGAAGAGAAGAAAGCAGAGGAAAAGGUUGUUGUGGAGGAGAAAAAGGUUAGUGAUGUCAAGGUCAAGGAUAAAGAGGUUGUUGUGAAGACUAUGGAGGAAGAGAAGAAGGCUGUUGAGGAAGAAAAAGUGAUUACAAAGACAGUGAAGUUGGUGCUUGGAGAGGAUAUUAGAUGGGCGCAAUUGCCUGUGAAUUGUACUAUCAAGUUGGUGAGGGAUGUUGUUAGGGAUAGGUUUCCGGGAUCAAAGGGUAUUCUUGUGAAAUACAAGGAUCCUGAGGGUGAUUUGGUCACGAUCACUACUACAGAUGAACUUAGGUUGGCUGAAUCAUGUGGUGGUGUUUCAGGAGGAUCACUUAGGUUCUAUAUUGUUGAAGUUAGUCCUGACCAGGAACCAGCUUAUGAAGGAGUAAGUAAAAAGUUGGUGGUCGAGAGUGAAGAGAAAUUGAGUAAUGUUGUUGAGAAUGGUAAUGCAAACCAUGGUGUAGAAGCUAUAAAGGGAACAUGUGUGGAGGAUUGGAUUGUCCAGUUUGCACGACUGUUCAAGAACCAUGUCGGUUUCGAUUCUGAUUCUUACUUGGAUCUUCAUGAAAUUGGGAUGAAAUUAUACUCAGAAGCAAUGGAGGAUGCUGUGACAAGUGAAGACGCACAGGAGCUUUUUGAAAUUGCUGGAGAUAAGUUCCAAGAGAUGACAGCUCUGGCAUUGUUCAAUUGGGGAAAUGUUCACAUGUCCAGGGCAAGGAAGCAUGUCUUUUUUACAGAAGAUAGUUCAAGGGAAUCAAUACUAGCACAGAUUAAGAAUGCAUAUGACUGGGCACAGAAAGAAUAUGUACUGGCAGCAAAGAGGUAUGAGGAAGCAUUAAAAAUUAAACCAGAUUUCUAUGAAGGUCUUCUUGCCUUGGGGCAACAGCAGUUUGAGCAAGCAAAACUCUGUUGGUAUCAUGCAAUUGGGAGCAAGAUUGACUUAGAGACUGGGCCUUCCGAGGAGGUCCUGCAGCUUUAUAACAAGGCAGAGGACAGCAUGGAGAGGGGUAUGCAGAUGUGGGAGGAAAUGGAGGAGCAACGACUGAAUGGACUCUCCAAGUUUGACAACUAUAAGGCGCACUUGCAGAAAAUGGGUUUCGAUGGGCUGUUUAAAGAUGCCUCUGCUGAAGAAGCUGCUGAGCAGGCUGCAAACAUGAGUUCACAGAUAUACUUGUUAUGGGGAACCUUGCUUUAUGAACGUUCUGUUGUGGAGUACAAGCUUGGGCUGCCAACUUGGGAAGAAUGUUUGGAAGUUGCAGUUGAGAAAUUUGAACUAGCCGGAGCUUCUCCAACAGAUGUAGCUGUUAUGAUAAAGAAUCAUUCUUCCAAUGAGACUGCAUUGGAAGGUUUAGGAUUCAAAAUUGAUGAGAUUGUACAGGCAUGGAAUGAGAUGUAUGAUGUGAAAAGGUGGCAGAUUGGUGUUCCAUCAUUCCGGCUAGAACCAUUGUUCCGUCGCCGGGCUCCAAAGCUUCAUUCUCUCUUGGAGCAUCUCUAAGUUUUCUGUUGCUUGGGUAUUCUUUUGGAGAAUUAGACAAGUGGUUAAGUUUUGUUCAAUUCAUUUUCCAAGAUCAGUAUUUUUGUGCUACUUAGAUAGGUCCUUUUUUGUCCAAGGACUGUUGUGUCCAGCUCAUUGUUUGUUGUGGCAGCAAAGAACAAAAGUUUGUGAAGUGUCAUUUUGAUAUUGAUUGGGCAUGAAGCCAAGUUCGGUCAUUCAUUUUGUCAUUUUUGGGGGGAUUUUUUUCUUCACAAAGCAAUUUGCAGUUUGAGAUAGUGAUAUUGGUAUAUGAUUGGAUUGGUUCAUUUUCAGAGAUAACAAUUGGUUAUUUGUUAUUCAUAUAGGGGUCAUCAGUUGUCGUAAAAUUCUAUUUGUUUGCUCAGGUCAGUUGUAACUUAUAACAUUUUGCGCAGUUAACACAGUAUCAAAAUAUUUUUCUUAGUAUUCAAAUUAAUAUCAAUUCUGAUAGUUUGUUUU